AUGGCAAAGGGAGGCGGUGGCUCGGGAAUCCCCACCGAGGGUUGGGGCGAGUAUCUUCAGUACAGCUUCGGUUCCGAUUAUGUCGUACGUAACUCUGCGAUCGGCGGGAGGAGCGCAAGGUCGUUUACCCGUGAAGGCCGCUUUACGGAAGUGGCUAACAUAGUGAAACCGGGUGAUUGGGUCGUUAUCGAAUUCGGGCACAACGACGGCGGCAGUCUAAGUACUGACAACGGCAGAACCGACUGCCCAGGAGAUGGUGCUCAGACCUGCCAAACGACGUAUAAUGGCGUUCAGGAGACGGUACUGACGUAUCCGGCUUACUAUAAAAACGCUGCGAAGUUAUUCCUUGACAAGGGGGCAAAGGUUAUCUUAAACUCCCCUACCCCAAACAACAUUUGCGAGAGUGGCACGUGUGUUGGCGAGACGGCCAGAUUCGACUAUUACGCUUGGCAUGCGGCUGCCGAACUAGCAAGCCCAGAUGUUCAUCAUGUUCCACAUAAGCAGUAUGCAGUUCAAGCCAUGAUUAACUUGGGCCCGUCAACUGUCAACGCCAAUUAUCCAAAAGACCAUACGCAUACAGGAGCGUAUAUGGCCGACGUGAUGGCUGGGACCUUCGUGUUGGGUCUCAAGUGUGGAACAACUGCAUUAGGUGCAGCUGUCAAGAAUUCAACCGAGUCUCUAACGAAAUCCUUCUACGGGGCUUGCAUACCUCAGAACAGCACCGUACCUAUUUAG